AUGCCUCGAGGAUUCUUGGUGAAGAGAAACCGGCGAUGUUCGGCGUCAUACCGGUCACGAAAUAUUAGUACCAACAAACCUGUAACAUAUGACGGGGACAGGAACAACAGUGAGAACUCUGAAGUGACACCGGAGGCAGUGAAGGAGAACGGUGUGUUUCCGUUUGAACGGCCGGAUGGAAUGCUCCCGGUGUCCCGCGAGGACUCCGCCGGUGUCAGAGAUGCGUGGAGCCCGCACGUGGAGUCCGCGCUGGAGGCGGAGGCGGACCGACGCGCGCAGUUACCAGAGACUGAGGAGCAGUUGAGCGAGGUGGACGUUUUGACUCCCGAUAGUGAUUUCUCCUGCUUCUUCCCACAUCCUCCUCCGCAUCCACGCGACUUGACAUUAACUGAAUCCUGCAGCCCUGUUAAAUCCGUCGGCACGAGACUGUUGGAGCGGCACGAGGGAGCAGAGAAUCAGCCGUUAUUCCCCGGCAGGUGCCUGACAUCAUCCCCAAUGUCGGAGUUACCGGAGCUGCCCUUCCUGGUGAGCUCCACACCGACCUCGGUGUCCGCUUCUAUCGAGAGGCUCCUCGCGAGCAGCAGCCACGCGCCGUCCUACGCUCACAAUGACAAAUAUGACACGAAUAUGGGUCAUGUGCACUUAUUCCCGCCACUGACACUGAUGAACCAGGAGCAGCAUCACGUAGCGAGAAAACGCUCGUUCCUUGAACCGGAUCAAUGCUUGAACAGCAACAGACACAACAAACAGUCCGUGGGCAACCCCCCAAAGAAACCCAAAGUGAACCGGAAACUUAACUUCGAGGAUGAGGUCACGACCUCGCCGGUUUUGGGUCUGCGGAUCAAGAAGGAGAGUCCCGAGCUGAGGAGACAGAGGGAGAAGUCCUCUGCUCCCACCGGCAAUCAGCCGCUGGGAGAGUUCAUCUGCCAACUUUGUAAAGAGGAGUACCCCGACCCUUUCUCCCUCGCUCAGCACAAGUGCUCCCGCAUAGUGCGCGUGGAGUACCGGUGUCCCGAGUGCGACAAAGUCUUCAGCUGUCCCGCCAACUUGGCCUCCCACCGCCGUUGGCACAAACCUCGUCCGGUUAACAACCAAGGAGGAGAGACUCUGACAAACAAGAGCCAGUCUUUAAAAGAGGCACGAGGGCUCAUUCAGCACGAGAGGCAGCCGGUGGAGAUGGAGGGCAAAGAGAACGAGCUGCUGCGCAUAAAUACUAAUCAGCACCACGGUGCGCAGGACAGUUCCCGCAUCAGGCGCGAGCCGUCCCUGCUGCUGCUCCACGGUCGUUCACGGGACAGCCCCGACAGCGACGGCCUCGCGCCUCCUCACUAUGAUUCCUCUCUUCAUUACCGGAACCCGGCUGAAAGUUGUCUGGACCUACAGCAGCAGGUGAGAGCGGCAGACAGCCCACCCUCGAGUCUACUUCUGCUGAACGGCAACUCAAACGAGCGAGCGCACCUGCCGCAGCAGCAGCCGCCGUCACUCCCGCAUCCUCCUCAACCGUUUGCCCAGUCGUUACCGGAGGAGGAAGUGUACGAGUGCCGGUACUGCGGGAAGAAAUUCCGUCGACAGGCUUACCUAAGGAAACACCUGGCCGCACACGAGAUGACAACCCGUGCGUCUUCGCCCCCAUCAUCUUAUGGCCAGGCGCGCGAGACCAGUGGCGGACAGAGCCAGGUGUUCCUGUGUCACCUGUGCGGCGCGCGCUUCCCGUCGGUUGAAAUUCGGGACAAGCACCGUCUGUGGCACGCGAUGAGGGACGAGUUAUUGGCGGGAGCACUGGGAGGGGGACUCAGACCAGACGUAUUCCACGCGCAAGUAGAAGAGAGCGGCACCGGGGACCGCGAUCAGCAGCAGAUCUUCACGUGCAAGCACUGUCCUUCCACGUUCUUCAGCUCCCAGGGGCUCGCGAGACACAUCACAAAGUCUCAUCCCACCGAAAACCGGCAGGUGAUGCUGCUGCAGAUGACAGUGCGACCAUAAAACACGCGCGAGAUCCACACUCAAAAAAGCCUAUAGAUUAUUCGGGUAAAUUAGGCCGAUCAGCCACUGACUGACACUACAGGGAACAUUAUAACGGUCGACAUUAGUUGUUCUCAUUCACACUGAAGAAUAGGCUACAUUUAUUUCAGCUAUGGUUAUAUUGUCAAUUCGGACCGAUUGUUUCAGUUGCGGUCAAAAAGCAAAACGUUGAUUUCCGUGUGUUAUAGAAUAGGGUUGCCGGCUGACUCACGGUGCCCUUUAUUUAAAGGUCAGUAAGCAUCUUGACUUCUAAGUUAUUUCACAAAGGUCCAAAUAUUACAUACUGGCGCUACUAGAAGGAUGCAAGUGCUGUCCGUGGUCCUGAAACCGCUGUCAGUUAAACCGGAACUGUCCAUUACUGAAACUUAUACAAAUAAACCACAACCCUGUCCAUGGUGCUGAACCAUGUCUGCAAUCACAACAUGACCAGUGAAUGAUUGAAGAUGUUAGCUUAUUAAAUUUAAUAAACCAACAGCAUGAUUAUUAUGUUAGUAAUUUUAAACUGGAGGGAAGUGACCCUUAUUCAAAAGGCUGUUUCUUUUGUUGAAAUCCUAUAAUUCCUAUGAAGAACACACAGUAUCUCUCAAUCUUUCAUUUGUUAUUAUAAGGCGUACAGUGAGUAAUACAAUCAUCAAAAAGGAUUUCAUCUCUUUUCAGCUUCUUAUAUUACAGCACUGUUAAUGAUUUAACAUUAAAACACAGAUACUCAUCUGUUGGUAGUUAGAGAAUGGGACCCACUGACAUUUGAAAGAAAGGGCAUUUUGAUUAUGACUAAUUAUAGUGAGAGGAAAUAAUUUUACAAAAUGCUGAAGCAAUGAUUGACACAGUCUUCUCUACAUGUGGCAGACAUUUACAUUCAUGGUCAAGAUAGCCUUUUUCUUUGGCAAAGUAAUUUGGAUUAUACUGAAGCUCAGGAGGAGUCAUGUGUGUUACAUUACUUACUGGUGUAAUAUAUAGUGACCUGUUAUUACAUUUAGAAAGUGACCUUCCUCACCCCAAGAAGUGGAGACAGAAUCAAUGUUCUGACUCUAUUUCAAAGACUAUUUCAUGUACAGUGAACAAUAAAGAAAAACAAAAAGAGAAAUCAGACAGACCAUAAUAUGCCUUUUAUAGUAAAUGUGCCAGUAAACUUCUCAGCUAUAACUAUUUUCAUACAGAAAUGGAACAUUUAAUGUUAGUACUGCUAGUAAAAAAAAAGUCUUUUGUCUUUACUGAUUAUAAAUGACUGUUGAAAUAUUUACUAAAUGCCUUCAUGAUGCUAAAAAAAUAUAAUUGUGGUUCUAUGAAGCCUGUACAGGACUAUUUUGAUAUGUUUGAGAUUGGAUGUGAAAUGUAUUCUAAAUUAUUGUCAAUAAAUGUUAAUACAGU